AAUCUAAAGGCAACCCCAUGUUCAUCUCACAAAGCUGAGUUGCUUCUCUUUAGACCAGACCAGGUCUCAACUUUAUCUAUUCCUUUUUUUAUUUUUAUUUUUUUAUUAUGUGAAUGAACUGUCAAAAGAACUAAUGAUUAAAUAAACAAAUCCUUUUUUCAAUAAUAAUAAUUAAAAAAAAUCUUGAAAAUUUCUACUUCAAUCUUCUUAUUCUUUUUUUAGUGAUAUAUUUUAUAAGAAUGAGAUGCAUAUUUUAUCUUUACUAAUUUUCUUUUCAUAAUCUGCCAAAACUCCAAAUCUUUAGAUCUCUCUCAUUUCUUGUUCUUUCUUCUCUCUUUCCAUUUCUUUUGUCCAUAUUCAAGAAACCCAAUUUAUUUUCAGUUAUACAAAUCAAGAUUUCAAGAACUGAAGUUGUUCUUUGAAUAAAUUAAAAUGAGAGAUAUAGUUUCUUGUUUUAGUGAAAAUGCAAUACAAAUAUCUAACCCUUCUUGUUCUAGCUAUUCAAAUAAUAUUUGCAUAUCUCCAAAUUUAAUCCCAUCAAUUCAAAAUGCAGUUACUUGUUUAUAUAAAAUCAUUCUCUCAACUCAGAAACAGCUCUUGAUUACUGUUACUUGGUGCAAAAACAACACAAUUCAAGGACUUAACAUAAAUUUUGGUACUGAUCCUUCAACUUCUUUCAAACUCAACACCAACACAGGCUUAUUCAGGAAGAAGAAAGGUAGCAAAAUCGUUGUCGAAUUGGAAAAUUCGAAGAUUGAAGUCUUUUGGGAUCUUUCUUCUGCUAAAUAUGACGUCGGACCUGCGCCUGUAGACGGGUUCUAUGUUUUGGUCAUCGUUGAUUCAGAAAUAGGUCUUGUUCUCGGAGAUAUUGGAGGUGAAACUAUAAGCAAGAAGCUUAAAAUUAGCACUCCGGCGGCGAAAACGAGUCUUAUUUCCCGGAAAGAACAUUGUUCGGGUAAUACUUUAUAUGCCACGAAAGCACAGUUUUGUGAUACGGGAAUUCAACACGAGAUUUUGAUAAAGUGCAGCGGAGAAAAUGAAGGGCUAAAGUAUCCGGUUUUAUCAGUAUGCAUUGAUAAGAAGACGGUGAUUCGUGUUAAGAGACUGCAAUGGAAUUUUCGAGGGAAUCAAACGAUUUUUGUUGAUGGUUUGCUUGUUGAUCUUAUGUGGGAUGUUCAUGACUGGUUUUACAAUUCCGAUUCUUCUGGUUCAGCCGUGUUCAUGUUCAGGACGAGAAGCGGAAUGGAUAGCAGAUUAUGGUUAGAAGAGAAAUUGACGCAGAAAGAUCAAGAAAGAGUUGAAUUCUCUCUAUUGAUUUAUGCCUGUAAGAGUCCUUGAAAUCAAGAAUUAAAAAAAAAAACUAACUUUAUAUUCAUUUUCUUGUUCUUGAGAUCUUGUUCAUUUUUCAAUCUCUGUUUGAUUUUUUUUUAGUUAUUUCCUUAAUUGUUAACUUUGAAAUUGUUUUAAACACUUAGCAAUCAUAUUUCUUAGUUGCUUAGUGCUGUUAUGUUAAUUGAGAUAUAUACAAGAAUAUUGUAUUCUGUUA